AUGCCAAUACCAACAUUGAUGCCAACACCAACAUCAAUGCCAACACCAACGUCAAUGCCAACACCAACGUUAAUGCCAACACCAAUGUCAAUGCCAACACCAAUGUCAAUGCCAACACCAACGUCGAUGCCAACACCAAUGUCGAUGCCAACACCAAUAUUGAUGCCAACACCAACUACAAAAUACAUUCAUUAUGUGAUUUAG